AUGGCUUCGAAACUCACGACGACCCCCGGCGAGAUUCUUCGCGAGGGGCAGCUGGAGAAGCGAAGCGACAGCCUGUUGCAGCUCUGGAAGAAGAAGCGCGGCGUGCUCACCGACGACCGCCUGCGCCUCUUCUCCCGGAGCAGCGAGCGAGCUAAGGAGCUGCGCUUCCACUCCAUCCUCAAGGUGGACUGCGUGGAGCACACCCGCAAGCAUGUGUACUUCACCAUCGUCACCAUUGACUAUAAGGAGAUCGACUUCCGCUGCACCGAAGAGAGCUGCUGGAACGCGUUCAUCACCCUGGCGUUGAUCGAGUACCAGAACCGUCGGGCGUUGGAAGGCUUCCGCCGCCACCGUCUCCUUCCCAUCGCGUCUGAAGAGCAGGAGGAGUCCGAAGAGCCGCGCUCCCCGAGUCCGUGCUACGGGAGAGGAGACCAGUCGAGCCGGGAACCAGCCCACGCGGCCGCGUCAAACAGGAUCCCAGGAGCCCAGGAGAUGCCCCGGGCGACGCGGCUACUGCUCUUCGCCGAAGAUUUUUCCCGUGCUUGCUGA